CCCUUGGCAGAAGACCAUGGAGAUUUCGUCGUUCUACACCGCCUCAACCCGAUGCUCGCUUCCUUCUUCAUCAGAAUCUGUAGAUUCAUACUUUCAGUAUUGAAGAUUUGAAUCGUGCCUGAAUGAUGCUGUUUUCAUCAUUCACACAUGUUUAUAUGGUGCAGCUCAAGAAAGUUGGUGUCUCUCAAUGUUAUCAAAGCUCUGUAUUUAUGUUUUCUAAUAAAAGCAGAUCUCAGCGGUCACUUAAUCAAAGUGUAUUCUUGAAGCAUAAGAAAUACCCUGUUCAGGUGUUAUGCAGCCAAAAGAAAGACAUUCCUAUAUUAGAGGCUCGGUCUAUGGACGAAAUUUACGAUAUUUUGGCUGAGCGUCUGGUGCCAACUGCAGCUUCAGGAACAAAUACGAGUUUAACGCAUAUUGUGGGCUUAGCGGGCCCUCCAGGAGCCGGAAAGACCACCGUUGCUCUAGAGGUUGCUAAGCGUGUAAACAAAUUAUGGCCUCAAAAAGCAUCCGGAUUCGAUUCUCAAGUUGAACCCCCAGAAAUCGCAGUAGUUCUUCCGAUGGACGGUUUCCAUCUCUACCGUCACCAGCUUGAUUCAAUGGAGGAUCCGAAGGAAGCCUAUGCAAGAAGGGGAGCUCCAUGGACGUUCAGUCCUGAAUUAUUCUUGAAAUGCUUGAAGACUCUGAGGGAGCAGGGGUCGGUAUAUGCCCCAUCUUUUGACCAUGCUGUAGGAGACCCGAUUGAAGAUGAUAUAUUUAUAAACAUCCAGCACAAAGUGGUUAUAGUGGAAGGAAAUUAUUUAUUUCUGGAUGAAGGUAGUUGGAAAGAAAUAUCAUCAAUGCUAGACGAAAAAUGGUUUGUUGAUGUUGACCUUGACGUAGCAAUGGAACGGGUUUUGAAGAGACAUGUAGAAACUGGUGUGGGUAGAACUCCAGAAAUCGCCAAACAGCGGAUUGAGUACAAUGACAGACCAAAUGCAGAACUUGUUUUGAAGUCCAAGAAAAAUGCAGAUUUGAUAAUCAAAUCCGUUUCUCUUUGAAGGUAAAACUCAACUUUUUGCGAUGCAAAGGUUCUGUACCGAAAAUGCACAUAUAUAUUUAUAUGUAUGUGUGUGUGUGUGUUAAGUUUGAUGUGAAAUGGUUGAAAAGAUGAACGAGAAACCGCACGUUUUUGUUUAAAAAAAAUUCAGUUUUGCAUUUCUUGGGUUUAUUGGGCUGGUAGGUCAAAAUUGUUGUAUAUUUACAGCCUGCAAAUUAUUGAACUGUAUUGAGUUACAUCAACAAGAUUC